UUUAUUGAUCGCUUCGUCUCAUGCCGGUCGUAUAUAGACCUGGGAUACCGUUUUGAGUGCUCGUCUGACGAGUUAUUUACCUUAGAGGUUUUAUGCAGAUAUAAAUAUCGCUACAGCGAGCUCUGCGUUCUUGGGUCGUCAAGUUGUGGCGCUAAGUUGCGCCACCUACCGCCAACACGUGUGUAUGGGUGACGUCACUGAUCAGAUCCUACCCCGGUUCUUAAUGGUGGCCGGUCAAAAUAAGCCAAAUACUUUGAAACUUAACAGUGUGGCAAGGCAAGCCAGCCGCUACUCCGCCCGAGACCCAAGAUUAAGAACCUAAAUUCACAAACAAACAUUUAACAACUUCCAGUAUUUUUCUAUGGUAUUAUUUGUAGUACAAACAUAAAAAUGGAACAAGAUUGGGAACCAGUUAUUUUGAGAUCUACUAGGACUCCAAAGAAUAAGGAACUGGUAAGAGAAAGUGCUGUAAGAGAAUCUCUUCUGUCUGACUCCACAUCAGGAAUUUGCAAAGGUGAAGAAGAUGACACUACUAGUGUUGGCACUGCUUCGUUCUCGAGCCCUGACCUAGAAUUUAGCACACGAGAACGGCUUCCAACCAUUCAAAAGAAACUUCCUAACUUGGGCGAUGAAGCUAUUGCGUUACUGGAUAAGCCGAAAGCUAAUACUGUUAAAAUAACCGUGAAUCCUGCUGAUAGAAGUAUCGAGACUAAGAAACAAGAUGAAGGAAAAUCUGAUAAAGAUAAAGUUAAGAUACCUGAUGGUGGCUGGGGUUGGGUGGUUGUGAUGUCUUCUUUCAUAAUAUCCAUGAUAGCAGAUGGAAUCAGUUUUUCUUUUGGAUUGCUGUACAUAGAGUUUUUAGAAGAAUUUGAAGCCAGCAAAUCUACAACGGCCUGGAUCGGCAGCCUGUUCAUCGCUGUGCCACUACUCUCCGGGCCUGUGAUGAGUGCUUUAGUUGACAGGUAUGGUUGUCGAAGCAUGACCAUUCUUGGUGGCUUAAUUUCAACAUUAGGAUUUGUUCUAGCCUCGAUUUCUACAACCCUAGAAAUGAUGAUGAUUACUUUUGGAGUUAUUGCUGGUUUGGGUCUCGGGCUGGUCUAUGUUACUGCUGUUGUGUCUAUAGCAUACUGGUUCGAGAAAAAAAGGAAUCUGGCUGUAGGCUUAGGAGCUUGUGGUACUGGCGUAGGAACAUUCUUGUAUGCACCUAUGACACAAUACUUCAUUGACGAGUACGGAUGGAGAGGUACAAUUCUCUUACUUUCUGGGACACUUUUGAAUCUAUGUGUUUGUGGGUGCGUUAUGAGAGAUCCAGAAUGGUGGAUAGAAGAACAGAAACGACAGAAGAGCAGCAGAGAUGAAGGAAAACUUAAGAAAGAUGAUGAUAAGUCCAGAUAUUCCAGUUCAGCUUCAAUUUCUAUUCCGUAUGUCUUUGAUUUUGAUGCACCAACGCGUGGCAAGAGUAUGGUUGGCUUGAUCAAAAGAGGAGUUUCUCCGGAAAAGGUGAUCAAACAAGAGGCAGACAACAUCAAACGUCACCAGGAGAUAAUGAAACUUAAGAAAUGUAAACGUCUCAAUUCAAAAUCUCAAUCCGUAGAGAACCUACCUACGUAUCUCACUUACAGCGAGAAGUUAUCAAUGGGAACUUUAGAUACGUUAGUAAAGAAGACUAGCAGGGCCUAUGGGAUCGAGGUGAAAUAUCCAGCAUUUGCCAUAAAUCGAACGAAGAAGCAACCGAUAAAAGAACCGAGCAACGAAUUGGACGACCCCCCUGUAGUUAAGUACACGAAUGAUGUUCUACAGCGAACGAAUUCAGAGAAAUAUGAGAACAAAGAUAAGACUUCGGACAAAUAUGAACUUAAGAAUCCGAAGAGAAAGGUAAUGAGGAAGGCUCAGUCGGAAACAAAGGAUGACAGAGAACUGGUAAAGCAAGAUAGUAAAGAAAACAGAAAAGAUUGGUUGAAAAAGCAACUCUCUGUAAAUCAUCAUUACUUGAGGGAUUUGAAGAUGCCCUUAAACUCUAUAAGCCACAGAAAUGCGAUGUUGAACAUAAAGAGGUAUAGGCUGAAGGCAUCUUCAUGUCCUGACAUAUUCAAGAAUUCUAUGAUCACUAUCGAUGAGAAGGAAGAGAACUGGUACGACGAUUGCUUCAGCUGCCUCGCAGACAUGUUCAACGUGACCCUCUUCAAGCGCAUGACGUUCAACCUCCUGUGCUUGGGCACCAUCAUCUUGUUUAUCUGGUUCAUCGUGCCUUACUUCUACCUCGCUGAGCACAUGAUUCAUAAGGGGUAUACUGAUGAUGAAGGCGCUGGCAUGCUCAGCUUGAUUGGAAUUACUAAUACUAUUGGAAUGGUCGGUCUUGGUUGGAUAGGAGAUUUCCCCCAAGUUUCCAUAGGAGGCCUAUAUGCUGUGUGCCUUGUACUCUGCGGUGCUUCUGUGGCAGCCAUUCCACCAGCCGCAGCCACCAAUUACUGGAUUCUAGCCUCUGCUGCCUCAGCCUUUGGGUUGUUUUUCGCAGCUUCGUAUACCUUCACACCGAGUCUGUUGGUCAAGCUGGUGUCUUUGGACGACUUUACUUCGGCAUAUGGGUUGGUGUUACUCGCGCAGGGUAUCGGUCAUCUAAUUGGUCCACCGCUAUCAGGUUUCAUUUACGACGUGACACUAUCCUGGGAGCUGUCGUUCUACCUAGCUGGCGGCUGGAUCGUAGUGGCAGGUAUACUAGUCUCUCUCAUACAACCGGUGAAGAACUACCAACUUCGUCGUGCAACCCUCGACAACGUCAGCAUGGCUUAGAGCCUUAGACCGACAGAACACCUGAAGUAAAAUAACAAUAUUAAUAUACUGGAGGACCACCCAGGAGGUUUGGUUCAGCAUCAGUUGGCAAAUUGCCACCCUAUAUAAUAAAAUUCAUUUUUAUGCGAGUGGCGCCACUAGCGAAUUUAGUCAUGUUAGUCCAAUUAUUGCUCCGGUCAAUCAGUAAAUUAAUAGUAUGGCAAUACUACAGCAGCGCUGCCUAGUAAAUGAUGUCUGAUUAAAAAUACAUAUUGCAUAGAGACAGCAAAACUCCAAUGAGUUAAUAUGGUGACGUAAAUCAAGUCUAAUUCAUCUUAAAAUGCCUAUACGAGUAUGCAUUCACAGAAAGAUCUCUGUUACGUAAACAGAAGAAAUGUAUGGAGUUGCCUUGCCUAGUCUAAGAGUAGAGUACCAUAAUUUAUUCAAUCACCUAAAUGGCACAGAUUAUUAAAUUAACGGUUCCCAUAUUUUAUUAAAUUAGUAUUUAUGAAUAUUUAUUCCUGUAGUCGUUUAGGUAUCAAAGUAUUUAUGCAAAAAUGUACUUAAAUUAAAUUAAAUAAUAUUCGAAAACGAAUAACAUUUAACUUCGCAAACGGAGUUCUAGUUUUUAAGUGGCAUUUAUUAAAUUUGAAUUCUAUCUAUACCUACAUAUAGUUUGCUUUUAGCAUAGGUAGAAUCGAAAACUUUAUUAAAAACGAAUUGUAGGCAGCUGUUUAGUUACUAAGAGUUAAUUUUAGUGAUAAAAAAACACCAAAUUAGAUGAAUUUAAGCCAAAUUUGUUGUACACACGUCUUAUUUCGAUCUCCUUUUAAGAAUGGAGUACAUAAACUAUUUAUUUCGUAGUCAUCCAAUGUUAGAUUAUUGUAUACCUACCACUUUAAAUACUUUUCAUAAUACCAUCUUUAUUUUAAUCACAGAAAUCACUCCUAGUUAUUUCUGGUACACAUUUCAAAGUUGUCUCAAUUUCUCAGUCAAUUGAAGGCGCGUCUGUCUGUCAAUUGGGUCAGUUAUUUAAAUGAAACAUCAAUUUAAAGCAAUUAAGAUUAUCCGCCUCGUAUUGUGCAGCACGUGUUUUGGUGACGAGUUGGAUCGUAAUUUCUUUUUUAUUGCCUAUUUAGGGCUAUAAGUAAUGCCUACUUACUUAUAGAUAUUAAGAUCGAAUGAUUGUUGGGAUCCAGAGCUAUAAUUAUUAUACCACGGGGAAAUAAGAUAAGUCUUAGUGUCGAAGACGCCAACAGAGGGGCCACGAGACGCGUGUGCCC